AUGGCAUCAGGCAUGCUACACAAAUUCCUCCACCUAACCAACUUCCGGAGUCCCUUCCUACGCACGGUAGUACCUAGCGUCGCAGCGGCUUUUGCCUUGCAGACAGCCGUAGCCAUCCCAUCAAUCGCUGCUCAAACCGAGCGUUUCUACGAUAUCUCCGGCUCCGCGACGUUCCUCACCGUCACCCUACUAAGCUUGUACCUUCCCAGCCUCCGUGCCCGCGCUGCUGCCUCGCUGGCUGGGGCCCCGAAGCCGCCGUUACCAAGCCUGUUAGGCCCGUUUACGGCGACUGCGGGCUUUCAUUGGCGCCAGGUAGCGCUGAGCGCUGCUGUGGUCUUUUGGUCUGUUAGAUUGGGCACGUACCUCUUCCGCCGCGUCCUGCACCAAGGCCACGACUCCCGCUUCGACACGCUCCGCGGGUCGCCGGGUAAGUUCGCAGGCGCCUGGUUUGGCCAAGCGACAUGGGUGUCGCUGUGUCUAGCGCCCGUGCUGGCCGUUAACGCGGUACCACCCGCGGCGCUUGCCGCCGUGCCGCUACGGGUAACUGAUGUCUUGGGCCUGGCGCUGUUUGCCGGCGGGUUCGCGCUCGAGAUCGUUGCUGAUUGGCAGAAGGGUGAGUGGUUGCACCGUCGCAAGGAGAAGUUGCAUGAUGAGCCGUUCAUGACGAAGGGUCUGUGGAGUCGGAGCCAGUACCCAAAUUACUUGGGUGAAUGUACGCUGUGGACGGGUAUAGCUACUACAGCUGCUGGUGUCUUGGUGGCACGUCCAGUUCAGGUUGGACUUGGGUUUUCGGGUGGCUUGUUGGGCAAGCUCCUAGUCUUGGUAGUAUCGUUUGUGAGCCCGGCGUUUAUAACCUCUUUGCUGUUGAAAGUGUCCGGUGUGCCGUUGAGUGAGAAGAAGUACGAUGCUAAGUAUGGCCAUCGUAAAGAUUAUCAGGAGUGGAAGCGAAAUACGCCCAAGUUUUUCCCUAAGUUAUACUAA